AGGGGGGCGUUGCGAAAAAGGGGGCGUGGAUCCAACAACGAGAUUCGCAUUCAGAAAAUCAGAUCAGGAUUCAUUAUUCAUUAAUCCACGUCAUUUGCUUGAAACUCUCCAGAAUAUUGGCAAGUUUGCUCAACAAAGCAGUCUGCAAGGCUUCAUGAUGAUCCGCAGCUUUGUUUUUCAAGGUUUGCGCAAAGCAGGGCAACUGAUGGCGUCAAAAACCCUUACAAAUCCAAGCAGAACUGUUUCAAUUUUGGCUAACCAAUUGCAGCAAAAUUUGACUUCAAACAACACUCUCAGUCUCAGCCCAAGUUUAUGUGGAACUGUACCAGUCAAACCAUUAAAUCUACUUUCGAGAAUCCCAACACCAGUGAUGUUUGAGCAAAGAAGAACGCUGCUCAACAAGUAUUCACUGUACACAGGCAGACGAGUUACAAACGAAGAAGUAGUAAAGAGAUUCUUUCGACUCAACUGGGGAAUGUGGAUCCGCGUAAAAGCCGGCAGGGAGAAAAGAUUAUGGAGGAAAACUGGCAAAAAUAGAAAAAGGCUGCGUUAUCAUGUGAUGUGCAAUGCCACUCAAUGCACCCUUUUGGAUAAGAUGGUCACAAAAUUCUGGCGCCGAGAGCGAUUCCUUGUUAACGACCCCUAUGCACCUUACCACAAGAGAGAAAAUUUUGUGUACACUCGGAAAGCUCCUCUAGAUCUGCCUCCACCGCGCCAGUAGUUUCUGCAGAGAAAUAAAUAAUUUGUGUACUCGUUAUAUAGUUAAAAUAAUUAAAGAAUCAAAAUUCUUAAAAUAAUUGCUUGGUUG